GACUUUGGAGACGUUCAUUCUUAGCGAUCGCAAAUAACCACACUUUCUCUUACUGUCCUGUCGUCUUCACACUCCCGUCGACAGCAACAUCAGACAAAAUGGCCCCCGCCGCAAAGAAGCAGAAGAAGAAGUGGUCCAAGGGCAAGGUCAAGGACAAGGCCCAGCACGCCGUCGUCCUCGACAAGACCACCUCUGAGAAGCUCUACAAGGAUGUUCAGUCUUACCGUCUGGUCACCAUCGCCACCCUCGUCGACCGAAUGAAGAUCAACGGUUCUUUGGCCCGACAGUGCCUUGCCGACCUCGAGGAGAAGGGCAUCAUCAAGCCUGUGGUUACACACAGCAAGAUGAAGAUCUACACCCGUGCCGUUGGUGGUACCGACUAAAUGCAAUUCAACGAAAAAUUUGAGUCUCACGAUUGUGCGUCUGGGUGGCCUGGACGAUAGACAGGCCACAAGGUCGGAGGGUGUUGCAAGGCGAAAAAGAAGCCUGGUUUAGGACGCUAUUCAUGCUCGGUUAAGCAUUGGGACGGAAUCGCUUUAGCAAUGGCAACGGAAUGAAAAAUCUUCGAAACGACCAA